AUGAGCGAAAUUAAAAAAACAAGUGACAAUGCUGAAAAUGAGACAAAUGAUGCCGAAAAGAAAUCUGAGGAUGUAUUAGGUGAAAAAUUAAACGAGAAAUUCAAGGGGAAAUUAGAAUAUAAAUUAAAAGACAAUUUAAUUGGCAAAAUAGAAAAUGUGAUUAGCGAUGUAAUAGUCGAAGAUUCAAAUUUUAAUAAUGAAAUAAAAAAAAAGUCGCUUUCAUGUGAACUGCAUUUUGAUAAAAUAGACAAAAAUAGUCACGUUUUCCCAAAGAGUAAUUCUGAAGAUGUAUUAGAGUUAAUUACAAAAAACAAAAAAAAUCCACAAUAUACAAAUUAUGUAAGUAGUAAAUUUUUGUUAAAAGAUAAAGAUGCACCACCAAAUGUAAAUAUUACAAGUAGGACAGAUACAUCAACUUCAAAAGAUACUCACAAUGACUUAGAAACAUACGGGAAUUUUUUCAAUAUAUCUGAAGAAGCUAAACAUGAAUUAUCAGAACAUGUAAAAAAAUUAAUUAAAGAUAAUAAUGAACCAUAUAAUUAUGCAAAAGGCAUAAAACAAAAUGAUUAUGACACUGAUGAAAGCAGCAAUUAUAAAAAAAAGAAAAGAAAAAAAAAGAACGGAUUAAGAAGUAAAGCAAAAAAAAAUAAAUUAAGAACCAAUGAUGAAAUUGAUGAAAAAAAUAGUUUUAAAAAACUAAAAACACUAUAUCAAGGAGCUCAGAAUGCAACUGCUAAUUAUAUAACAAAAAUCUUCAGCAGCAAAGUUUAUAUUGAAAAAAAUAUAAUAAAAUAUGAUGAUAUAUUGUCUAAACAUAGUGAUGAUAUUAUAAAACAUUUUAACAUUUUUGAAGAAACUAAAGAUGAAGAGGAAAUAGCCAUCCUUGAUGUAAAAGAAAAUGGUAUCCUAGAUAAUAUAUGUGAAUAUUUUGCAUAUCUGAUGGCUAUAUCACUAAAAAAUUAA